GAAGUCAAUACAGGAAAUUAAAGCUUAUACGAGUGUGUAAACUCUUUGGUUUUGUCUGGGUACAUAACAUAAUCAACGAACAUGUUUAAGAACAAGAAGAAGAACAAGAACGAGGAGACCUUCCUGGAUCACAAGACAAAGAAAACCUGGGAAGAUGCAAAGACUGGUAAAAAAUGCUUCAUGUUGUACGCAAGGUCACUCUACGUGACAUGGGGUGGCCGUGAGUACUGGAUCUGGAACAGUUUUAAAGACACAAGUGGUGAAAACAUCGAAGUAGCGAAAUUAAGCCAUGUAUGUUGGCUGGAUGUGAGAGGGAAGUUGAAAAUAUCAGAGCUUUCCCCUGCAACUUUAUACGAAGUUGUAUAUGAAGUAAAGUUGACAAAAGGGGCAUCUGGUUGGGAACUCCCAGUGAAGCUCAGACUAUCCCUCCCUAAUGGAAGAGUCCAAGAAAGGCAAGUUAGCCUCUUGCAGAAGCCUAGAGGGCAAUGGAUGGAGCUCAAUGUUGGCAGUUUUCAUACACCAGAUAACGAAGAUGAUGAAACUGGAGAAGUUUGCUUUGACUUCUAUCAAUAUGGGGGCCAUUGGAAAAGCGGACUUGUUGUGAGGGGUGCCAUUUUAAGGCCUAGAAAACCUGAACCAUCAAAUUAAUUGCUUCAAAUGAAACAAACUGUGGCGCUACUUUCUCUGCAGAAAUAAACAUCUUUUAGAACGUUAUCCACUUUUUUUUUUCAAAUAUUAAUUGUACCCCCAAUAUUUUUUUUAUUUUUUUGUGUGGUUAUUGUGAAAAUAAAAUUUAUAAAACAAGUCUAUAUAAA